CUUUAAUGGAGCUAAUUUUGAUUUUGGGGUGUUUCCUGCACCUAUUGAAACUUUGGGUGAGUAUUGUGAUUUCGGAAAAAGUUUAUUCGUAAUUUCGAAACAUUUUGGAUUUUUCAGGCGUAGAAACACAAGGUCAAGGUUGUGCUGCGACUGUCCUUCCCCGCCACGUCGCCGGAGCCGCCGUUUCCUUUUUUCCCGGUGAGCAUUCUUCCUCCUCGUCCCUGGAGCCUCCAUUCCGUUUUUCCGGUGAGCAUUUUCUUCUUCAUCCUACUUCUCAUUCUUCGUCUUCCUCUCUCCUCGAACGGAACCUCGACCGACUGUAACGCUGUGAAGUGGCGGGAAUGUUCGCGACGGUUGUAGAGAACAAUCGGAGAAUUUGGUUGAUUUCCCGAUCUCCGAUGGUCAGAUUGAUCGUAUACUGGGAAUGGUAGAGUGAUUAUCUUUCCAACAAUUUGUGUUCGUUUCCUCCGGUUUCAGCUUUUUGGCACCGAAUCGCCGACAGCUGCUUGGAAGUUCUCCGGUCAAUUCGAUCUGGGCCACCUGUUCCUGGUAACCUCAGGUGGAGGUUCUGGGUACCGGUUUGAUUUAGCAGAAAUUUGGUGGUUCGAUUCGGUUCAAUCUGAUUGUAGAAUUGUGCGAUUUUCAGUGGAACGUAUAGUCGAGAAAAUUUCGUGUUGAAUUGCUAAGAACCAAUGUGUACUUGAGAAAAUCUAAGUGAGUUUUUGGAUUCAGCGAUUGAUUGAUACGAGGGGUAGAAAUUUUAUAGGAUAAGUUGGUGAAUGGAUUGGAUUGUUGUAAUGGUUGAGAUGUUUGGGUUUCUAUUUGCCAUAUGAAUUCUUAUCUGAAUGUUGAAUUACCAUGAAUUCAUACGCAUCCAAACAUCUGCAUUAGCAUUUCGCUAUAAAUCCGUCGAAUUUGUGUAUUUGUGAUGUUUCCUGUUCAUGCCCGGCUCGCUAAGUUACUGUCAUUUCUGAUUUCUCAUGGAAUCCAUCUCUUGCAUUUCGUCGUGUCGGUAUAGAUUCAUAGAUUUUGGCUGGAUAUUGGUUGGUCUGUUUUCAACUUUGUACGGGUGAUCGUGGUUUAUGAUUUUGAGCCUCUUUACCUAUAUGAACAACAAACUGUGUAGGUGUAUAGUAAACUCUUUCAUAUAUUUGCUUUGUUUUGUACUCGGUGUGAACAUAGUCGGUUCAUCACACAGUUUGAUUAUUAUGUUUAGGUAUUCGCUGGUUGAGUUAGCUUACCAUUACGUGAUCGGGCCUACAACCAGGUGCCAAGCGAGUAGGAGUAGCGGAGAAAAAAGGGAAGAAAAUGGCUCAUUCUAUGAGCUUGAUCUCCACCAACUUUCAGAGUUCAACCCAUGAUCGCCAUAAUAUACCAUCACGGAAGAAUUCCGGACUGUUGAUAUCAUCCCGACCCUCACGUAGGUCCACGAGGAGGUUCACGAGCAUUAGAGCUGUGCAAGAGAAUGAAGGUCCGAGGAGAUUAAUUGACAUCAUAAGAACGGUUCCCGGGAUUUCCAGGAAUUAUUUCCGGAGCCCUUCAAGAAGGACGCUUUUCGGGGGAAUCUCGUUGUUAGGCGGGUUUUACGUGGCGCAGACCAUCUCUCUCUCGUUCGGAGCGUUGGGAGUUAACGAUGUUAUUGCGGCCGUGCUCUGCGUCCUCAUAACAGAGUAUGUGACGAGAUUUUACUACAGCCGUCCCAAGGUAACAUUCCCACUUGCCCUUCUCAAUAACUUCAAGAUGGGUUUCACUUAUGGCUUAUUCAUUGAUGCGUUUAAGUUAGCUAGCUAAGUGUUAUUGCAAUGAUCUUUGAAAGUUUAGUAUUUCUCAUAAGCUACAUUUCUGUUGAAAUUCAUGGGGUUUUGUAUGAUUAUUGUUUUAUUCA